CUGAACUGCUUUUAAUUCCUUUCUGUACCUGUUUGUCCACAUGCCUGCUCCUUGCAUCCGCCGUCCUCAGAUUUGUGUAAACACAGAUAAACGUGGUGUAAAUAUUGGAGGAAUUCAGAAUCUGAAAAGAACCUCAGCUGCAAUGUUUGAGAGUUUAAAUGAAUUAGGGACUUUCUGACCAUUUUGACCUGCUGUAGAAAUCUGAACAACAAGGCUGACUCUGACAGGGAAGAGGAGCUUGAAGAAGACAGUCUGCAGACACAUUUCAGAGAGGGUUUUCUGUCCACCAGGCGUCAUGUCGGCUGAGAUUCUGCAGCUGAGUGUCAAGCACCUGAGCCGACUCCCUCGCCUCUCAGAUCUCGUCUCUUCCUCCCUGCCGUCGCCGCGCCCCACCGUGCCCGCCUCCAAGGUCCCUGCUCUCUUCCAGGAGCCCUACAUCCUGUCGGGCUACCGGCCCAUCCAGCAGGACUGGCGCUGCUACUUCCUCAGCCUCUUCCAGCGGCACAACGAAUCCUUGAACGUGUGGACUCACUUGCUGGCGGUGCCGGUGCUGCUGCUCCGCUGGUGGGCCAAUGCAGGUGCCCUGGGGUUCGCCUUGGACGCGGCCUCUCUGCCUCUCAGCCUCUUCAUGGUGUCUGCUCUCACGUACCUGAGCCUGAGCGUGGCCGCUCACCUCCUGCAGUCCCGCUCUGAGCGUGCGCACUACUUCUUUUUCUUCAUGGACUACGUGGGCGUAGCUGCGUAUCAGUACGGCUGUUCGCUCGGACAUUACUUCUACACGUCUGAGGCGGCGUGGAGGGCCGGCGUCGGGCUCUUCUUUCUACCCGGAGCUGCGUUCUUCGGCUGGCUCUCCUGCGCUGGCUGCUGCUUUGCCAAGUCCAGGUACGAGCGUCCGUAUCCGCUGCAGCGUAAAAUCUGCCAGCUCAUCCCCACCAGCCUGGCCUACCUGCUGGACAUCAGCCCCGUCGCCCACCGCCUGCUCACCACCUCCUGGACGCAGGAGGCCUUCCACGCCCUACAGAUCGUCUCAUUCCUUUUUGCUGCCUUCUUCUUCUCUUGUCCCGUCCCUGAGUGCUUCUUCCCAGGCCGCUGUGACUUUGUAGGCCAGGGUCACCAGGUCUUCCACCUGUUUCUGUCCCUGUGCACCCUGUUCCAGCUGGAGGCUCUGUUCCAGGACUACGCCCGGCGGCGGGACACGGUGCUGGAAGUGUUUGGAGAGAGGCAGCUGUGGUGGGCCUGCAUGUCCUUCCCAGGACUGUUAAUAUGUUGCGUCCUGACGGCACUGAUCGCAGUGAGGCACACUAACAAGAAACUGCUGCAGGAACAAGAGAAAAACAAGUGAUAGUUGAGUCUGAGUGAGCAGAAUCUAGGGAUUUUAAAUAAUUUUGACAAUAAAACUUUUUAAAUGUUUAAUUCUGUGAAAAAA